AUGGGCAAGCGCCGAAGUGAGCGUGCAGCAGAGCCUGUUGAGGCCGAGCUUCCGCUCGGCAAGUACUUGGCAUCCACAGAAAAACGCGUGCGUGAUCGUGCCAUUCGAUCCUUGUCUGCGUUCUUGUUGAAGAAUGCGCAAGAAUCCGGUCUUUCGUUGCCGCCGACCGAACUCGCCAAGUUGUGGAAGGGUUUCUGGAUGAGUGAUAAACCUCUUGUGCAGCAGCAAUUAGCACAGGAAUUGGCACACUUGGUGCUGAUGGUCUCUGGGAUUCAAGACGACGACGAGUCCCAAGCCAAGCCUGCAGCGUCGCCCCUUGAUGAUACCACUCGCGCCUUGUCGGCACUCGACUUUUAUCAGGGAUUCUGGACGACGAUGCAAGCCGAAUGGCAUGGUGUGGACAAGUUUCGCAGCGUCGACAAGUACUACAUGCUGAUGCGUCGUUUCUUGUUUGCCAGCUUCCGGCUGCUUCUUCUGAACAACUGUGAGGACGUGCUUAUCAAGCGCUUUGUUCAAAUUAUGCGAGGCACGGACGGUCCCCUGUCGUCCAACAAUGUGCAAGUGCCGGACAGCCUUACGUACCAUGUAUGCGACAUUUACUUGGACGAGCUGGAGCGAGCUGCCUCGCAGCUUGAUCCAGUGCCUGCCAUCCCGGUAUUGGAUCUUCUCACUCCGUUUAUGGACUUGGCUGCUACGAGCCGUUCCAAACGGAUAUACGAGCGUGUGAUGACGAGUGUCCUCACACCCUUCCUGGACGCCUGUGCUGCACGCAUUCCGUCCUCUGAGCAGCCGCGAAAACGCCGGAAAGUCCACCAGGACGCAGCCACCGACGUGGAUCUUGCAUACCCCCAUGUACUGGCGCACAGUACACUGGAGACACCUGCUCAUGGCGCGCACGCUACCGACCGUCUGACGCCUGCAACGUCCGAGGACCCUGCGGCUUUGUACCGCACAUUGAAGCAGGAGGCCUUACGUCGUAUUGUGGCCGCUGCUAGCAGUCCCGAUACCUAUGUCCCCAGCCGCCGUAAGCUCUAUGCAUUAUGGUCCGAGAGCCAGGAGACCGAGGACGAUGAAUGA